GGUAGAAACGUCUUCGAAGCCUUGUAACGGAGUCGGUGAAACGGUUCGCGUUGCACGAAACCGAUCGGUUAAUUGCCCCCGUAACGAAGCCGGCGAAUCCAUCCUCAUCCAUUUUCCUGGUUAAAUUGGUACGGCGAUAACGAGUGUUGAAGCUGCUGGAUGAGUUCUUCGUCGAAUCGUACCGUUUGUCAAACUGCGAAGUAACGAGUGGCGAAUUUUAAUUGCGCCGAGUCCGUUCGACGAAAGGUACAAUAACGACAAGAGAACGACUCGUAGUCGAAGUUGGGAACAGUGAUCGAGGGAUCGUGAGUUCGGAAAGUGAUAAGGGGUCUACUCGAUUGGUGCUUGUAGUCGUCGAUCGAAUGAACCGAAUUGUUUGUUUGUUUUUAUUUUUUUUCUCUCUCUUUGAGUGAUUACAGAUCGCGAAGGAGUGAAGAUACGAUAGCGAAGCGAGACGAUGGGAAUCAACCGUAACGGGGCAAAGUAGCGGAGGGUGAGAAAAGCGGCAACGAUAACGGCUUCAAGGAGCGAGUGCGGUAACAUGUCGUCGUCGACGAGAUUCAAGGGGGAGAAGUGCUGGAUAGUAUGGCUCAUGGUAACGUCUUUGUACCUGAGGUCCACCCUUGGUCAGAUAGUCCAGAACUGCCCGUCUAGGAGCGAGAUAGCACCGUGUUCCUGCAUCGUUAAGAAGCAGGGACUCGACGUCGUUUGCGAGUUUACCGACUUCACUCACAUCAACAAGGCGAUGUCGGUACUAAAGGGCAGGCCCAACACCAUCAUUUACUACCUCAAACUGCGACACAACAAUAUGCCGAAGCUUCAGGGCUUCGUCUUCCUCGGUCUUGACAUUCAUCAUCUCACCGUUCACAACAGCAGUCUAGCCGUCGUCGAGGAGACAUCUCUGAGCUCGAUAGGAAAAGGACUCACCCAGCUGGACUUGUCGCAGAACUCUUUGCUCGUGGUGCCGUCGGCGGCGUUGAAGACCCUGCAUCACCUUCUGAUACUGAACCUGAACUACAACAAGAUAAGCGCUAUCCAUGCGCGAGCUUUCGAGGGCCUUGACACCUUGGAAAUCCUCACCCUGUACGAAAACAAGAUAUCAGUCAUCGAAGCCGACGCGUUCAAGGGUGUCGACAAUCGGAAAUUGAAGCGGUUGAAUUUAGGCGGAAACGAACUGAACUCUGUGCCAACCUCGGCUUUGUCCUCUUUGGAAAUGCUGAAGAAGCUGGAGAUGCAGGAGAACAGGAUAAGCACCAUCCAGAAGGGCGACUUUGCCGGUUUGAAGAGCCUCGACUCACUGGGACUCGCUCAUAACAAACUGCAAGUAGUGCCAGCCGGCGUCUUUUCGCAUUUGACGCAAUUAAACUCUCUCGAACUGGAUGGAAACAAAAUCACCCACAUAGAUCCGGACGCGUUCAUCGGCCUCGAGGAACAUCUCCAGUAUCUUCGACUGGCGGACAACAAGCUUCACAUGGUACCAAGCGACGCGUUAAGAAGACUUCACCGUUUGCGUCACCUGGAUUUACGGGUCAACAACAUCACCGUAUUACCGGAGGACGCGUUCGCCGGUUACGGGGACUCGAUCACCUUCCUGAAUCUUCAAAAAAAUUUAAUCAAGACUCUGCCGCCGAUGAUAUUCGAGAAUUUUAAUUCGUUGGAAACGCUCAACUUGCAAAACAACAAAAUGACCCACGUGCCGGAAGAGGUGAUGGAAACCGUCAUCGACACACUGCAGGUCAUCGAUUUGACCGACAAUCCGCUGAUCUGCGACUGCGAGCUUCAGUGGUACUCAAACUGGUUGAAAAAUCUUCGCGACAAGGACGACGAGGUGAUGACGAAGAAGAGGACCGUGUGCACGAUGAGUAACGAGCACAGAGAAUACGCGGUGCAGAAUCUACCCUUGGAUCGAAUGGGAUGCCAGCCGAUAGCCGAGGAAAAAUCGUCAUCCGGUAACCUGGCGGUAAAACUUGUCGGUCUUCAGUUCGUCAUCACCGUGAGCUUCGUCGUUCUGUUCUAAAACGAACGAAGGAACAUAUCAAACCUCGUUUUAUUUCGUUUGAUUUAGAGAAAAAUUAAAGAAAAGAAAAAAAAAAAAAAUGAUAACAACAAUCUGAAAGUAAAGAAAGAAGAAAAAAACAAACGGAACCAUAUUAACGUUGAUUCGGUGAACACUUUCAUUUAUACAAAUAUAUAUUCGCAUAUAUGCAUUUAUGGCUAAUACAUGUGUGUACGUCUAAUGUUAUCUGUAGUUCGCUCGAUGAGUUGUAUCCCAGAGAGAGAGAGAGAGAGAGAGAAGGGAGAGAAUUUAAUGAUCACGUUAUUUUGGUAUAUUAUAUACCGAAUGUAGAAAAUAAUGUAGUCCUCAUUUUUACUCACGAUUAUACAUACCGAGUAUGAUUGAAUAUCUUCAUCGUUAUAUUAUAGAUCAAGUCGGCCGGGUUUAGAAUCGUAGAAAUUUUCAAACUGGGAUCUAGGUGAAUUUAGGGAUCGACCGUUAGCUGUUAAAUAUUAUUUUGCCUAUCGUUAAUUUACAUUUUAGAGUCGUACAAUAUCAUUAUACACCUUUUGUUUGACGUUUUUUUUUUUUUUUUUGUUUUCAGGAUAUGAAUUUAUUUUUCUACGAAUCGUAUACCUAAUAUAUUAUAUAAUUGUAUUAUUAAUAUGCCUGCAUAUUAAUCACGCGUGUUUGAUGGCGCGUGUGAAAAAGAAAAGGAUGGCAAAAAAAAAAAAAAGAAAAAAAAAAAGGAAAAGAAAAAUUAAAAAACCAGUCAAAUUAUCUUUGACAAUCGAAACAAUAUAAAACUAUAAAUGCAUUCUCUGCUGAUAGAGCGAAAUCGUAAAUACAACAUAAUUAUUACAAAGAAUAUAAUUUUUCUAUAACGAAUCGUAUAAAUAAAUGAACAUAUAGAAAUAUAUAUACACAGAUGUAUAUUUACAAAGCCGAUAAAUUUAUAUAAUACCUUAGGUUUGUAUUGCUAGUAUUUUCCGUUAUUUUUUGUUUUUCUCAUCUCUUAUACGUACGUGUAUAAAUAUAUUAUUUAACAUUAUUAAUUAUUUGAUAAUUUUUUAAGGUAUACGCAAUUUUAUGAAAAAUAUAAACGAUCCUUGAUGAAUCGACGCACGGUCGACGGACAUUUUCAGGCGAAAAAAGAAUUAAAAUUUCGUUAAAGCAAUUGGGGAAAAGAUUCCGAAAUAAUUGCGGAGGUGAAAAAUCGAUCUGUGAGAAAAUCUACGAGAGGGCAAAUAUAAUCAGCUGCUCUUUCGGGCAGCAAUAAACAAACGUAUACACAAUACGGAGAGACGAUAUAUAUAUAUAUAUAUAUAUAUAUAUAUAUAUACAUACAUAUGCAACAUAUCGCGAAGCGUACGAGCUUUCAUUAUCAAUCGAUACAUAUCAGUAACGUUGCCAAGAUAUUUUGAAAAAUAUACAAAUAUACAACACGAGGAACGAGGGAAAGUAAGAAAAUAAAUUAAUAACAAUUGUUUCAACCCGAUAGAUUAGAAAAUUGAAAACACCAGCCGGGAUGACUUAUAAGUGUAAAUUGUAAUGUGUGAGGGAAAAUACGGAAGA